GCCUUCUGUGGCCCAGCUGUGCUGCGCCCCUCCUGUUCAGUCUCAACACGCCGACCGUCUCUACCCGCUUCGCUCGUCGCUCAGUCGCGUUUUGUUGCGUGUUGUAUAAGUGUGUCUCGUAAGCGUACAUAGGUACUGAAGUGUUGUGACAGCGAGUGUAUGUGCGAUGCCCGGACGGUGAUCGAAGAAUGGUGAAUUACGUCAACCCGCUCGCCAUGUACCAAGGCAAGAGCGGGCAAUACGGUGGUGGCUGGUACGGCUGGCAACAUCAGAACUUUGAGGAGCAACAGUGGUGUGCGUGGAACGGAGCUACAGCCGGUGGAGAAUGGGUGCCAGAUCCCCAUCACUUUCCGAAACGAGAACCAGGCGAGAGAGAAAUAACAGAUAUCCCGUCUCCGGCGCGAGGGGAUUUGGCGAGUCCAGGAGAAGGCUCGCCGGGCUCUAGGCCUUCGCAACCGCCGGCUCCGCCGCGUUCACCGUACGAAUGGAUGAAAAAGCCCAAUUAUCAGACGCAGCCGAAUCCAGGUACGUUAAGUAAAACGCGGACAAAAGACAAAUACCGCGUGGUGUACAGCGACCAUCAGCGGCUGGAGUUGGAGAAAGAGUUCCAUUACAGCAGAUACAUCACUAUUCGCCGGAAAGCCGAGCUCGCAGUUAAUCUUGGCCUUUCCGAAAGACAGGUAAAAAUCUGGUUUCAAAAUCGAAGGGCCAAAGAGAGAAAGCAGGUAAAGAAACGUGAGGAAGUCGUGAUGAAGGAGAAAGGCGAUCACGCUUCACUCCAACACGCGCAGUUACACCAUGCUACGAUGCUGCAUCACCAACAAAUGAUGAACGGCAUGAUGCAUCAUCAUCAUUACCACCAAGGUGUUCUGCAGGGUGUACCUGAGCCCCUCGUGCCCGGUGUACCACCAGUACCGUUACUGUGACCACAACAACAAAAUUAUAGUAUACACGAUGAUUACGUUCAUCACGUUCAGUGAUUUAAAGACAAGUAUGAAUGGUGGUUUAAAAAAAGACUUAGACAAAGGCUGGUUGGCUUUAUAUACAGUGAUAGUUGAAUAGAAAAUUGACAGUUUUGUGCUUAGUGUUAACACAAUUUGACUUUUUGUGAUAAAAGUGCAAUAUUCUUACGAGAAUAUUAAGUGUGUUGUAUCAAGACAUGGUAUUAAUUCAUGGUUAUGAUAAUGUUAUUGAUUCAUGAUUAAUACCCUCAAUUACAUUAAUUACAUGGAAUACUCGAAGUAGGUAUGUGUAUGAUGUACUUCGUGGAUUAUAUUUUGGUUUCAGGUACGUUUCAUAAUAUUACAGCACAAUUCAUAAUCGUCAUUUAUAAUCUUCGCGUGUAUUAUGAAAAUUGCUUGUCAGUCAAAAUAGCGACAUUUUCCAUUUCAAAUACAUACCUACUUAGAACUAUUUAAUAAGUACCUAUUAAUAUAACUGUGUUUCAUCUUAGAGAUUAAGAUAAUAGUAUAACAGCGCGUAUAGUUUUGCCAUCUAACCACAAUAUUUGAAAGUCUAAACAAGGGGUAGACAAAUACAAAAUAAUAAUUACAAAGUACCAAGGUUUGCCCUUCCCUGCCUAAUUAUGCGUUUAAUAAUGCAUUUUAGUGCUUGUGUCAUCAACCACUAAAAAGCAUUUUAUAUAAUAUAAAGUGUUUAAAUAUAUAAAACGAUUUAGAUUAUUACAUACUCGUAGGAAAGAAAGAAAAAUUUAAAGCGAAAAUGAAAUCACGUUAGGUUCACGGAAUAAUUCGAUUAUAUCGACACCAUCGAUAAUUGUAGGUAAGUUUAUCUAUGAGGGUUUAAUUUCAUUUAUAGAAUUAUACUAAUUAUAUUAAAUACAUUUAUUUUUAUUGACGAGUGUGUUAUCGAAAUUUUGUCAGCUAAUGAAAUACUAGCCAGUGAUGAGCAGAAUAUCGCUCUGUUGCCAAUUCCUUCUCUGAUAUCGUUGGAACCCGCAACUGCGGAAACAAACUAUGGAAUGAACAUCAGUGACACCAAAAACGGUAGUUCGGACACGUCCGUCGAAUCCCUAGAUGAAAAUAUAUAUAUCAAACCUUUCGUUCCUAAUAAUUGUCUCGAGGUAAAAGCGGUAUUAAUUAAUACUUUAAUUAAAAAAGAUAACGCUGUUGAGAGUAAUCAGAGCCAAAUAACGGCCGGUAAUUCGUCUGUUGGACAGUCCUUGAUAAUAGUGCUGUAUACUCAUACUCAAACCCGAGUCAACAUCUGAACGAGGCAGGACGUUUAGCUUACGAUCUACAACAGCCUUUCCCAAAGUGGUCGAUAACAACUCCUUGUGGGCGCUGUAAAAUGAGGGGGUAAGAGACAAAGAAAAAAAAUAGAGGUGUUGUGUAGAAUCUUGGGGGGGGGGGGUGAUUUGUUGAUCUUGAAGUAAUAGUGGUUUUUAAGUAGGUGAAAAAAUAGGGGCGCUAAAAAUAAUUUAUUCUUAAAGUGGGCAAUAGACACAAUAAGUUUGGGAACUACAGUAUACUGAGACUAUAAAUAGGCGUAGUUUUGUGUGUUUAUGUAUCUAUAAAGGUAUAAAAAUCGCCUAUAUAGCUAAUAGAAAUUAACCAUUUUGAUGACAACUUAUCCGAUAUUUUGAAAUCGGAUAUGGCAAUUAAAAAAUCAGGUACGGAAAUAAAACAACCUACGCCGUUUACUAGUAGGUACAUAUUAGCAGAAGAGAUUUUUAACAACAAUAUAUUUUAAAUUUAAAGUCUACGGCCUCUGAUUUAACAGAUCUUUGGGGGUAGUUAGUAAUGCAAACAACUAGUUCUAAUGCUAACAAUAUACCCUGUCAGGGCCACCUACAUGUGGUCCCCCUGGAAACCAUUGUGUUGUAUUUCAGAUGUAUAAUCCCAGUGAGUUAUAGAUCUGUUUUUUUUAUUUUCACGUAUUAUCCCUACUGGAGUUUUACCAGCGUAUACCGUUGGCGUAGGCGUAGUUAUCAUUUCAUCAAAGCAGGGAGGCGUCAGCAGCCUGCGACCGCGGGGGACCGUAACUGACUGUCCGCCGAAUCCUAAUGCCAUCCGCGUAGCUGCAAACGCGACUAUACGCAACGCUCACUGAUUCACGUACAGACACACAAGUGAAUACGAUUCAUUCAUGUGGGUUAUACUUUUUCUAUGAUUAGUGGAGUGGAUUCAAUAUGAUGCCUACGGCCACUUUCUAUCAUCGUACGGCUCGCCAUCGACAGGGAGUUCACCCUCAUACCUUACAGCCUAAAUGGUAGCGUACAACGCGGUUUCAGAGAUGCUUUCUCCCACGAACACUCAGGUUAUGGAAUGAGCUCCCUGCCGAGGUUUUCCCGAGAGACUACAGCAUGGGGUUCUUCAAAAGGGGGGUAAAGAGGUUUCUUCAGGGUCGGCAACGUUCACAAGGUUCAACAGGUUCGGAAAUACUGCUGCUGGAAGUUGAUUCCAAAGAGUGGUUGUGCGUGGAAGAAAGUGCUUUAAAAAGAGCACGGUGGAAGACCGCCACUCGUUCAGAAACUUAGUGAUGAAGCACUUGGAGGAUAACUAAGACUUAUAAUGUUUCAGCUGUUCAUUUAUUUGCAACACUAUGUACAUAUAUGUGCACCAUAUAUGUGUCGUGGAAUGAAGAUUCAGACGCGUGUAGUAUUAAUGCCAUUACUUCAAAUUGGCAGGAAUUUCAUUAUUAUGUUUUAUCAAAUAUAUUGGUUAGAUGGCAGCAGAUCUGCGCGCUAUUACAUUGUUAUAUUAAAUUUUUUGGAUGAAGCUCAGUCAUAAAUGUGAUGAAAAUUCACUUCAGGUAGUUCGUUUAAUCAUCAACUAUCACGCCUUAUACUAUUCUUUCAAUGCUCGGAAUGGUGUCUUGUUUUAAUUUACUUAAUGAAUUUUGUCAUUGUAAAUAUGGAUAACUAUAUUUUUAUAUUAUUGUAAUAAUUAAGAUUAUUAAAUUUGUAAGCAGUUGAUUGUUAUUUCUCAAUGCUACAAGCGUUUUUUUAUAUAAUGAGAUUAUUAGCGUAAAAAUAAAUUGGUGAUGAACUAUUUAAGUACUUAUUUAUUUUUUACAGUGGUUGGAUAGUUUAUUUCAAUUUAAUGUUUUAAUAUAAAUAUUAUUUACUAUUAUCUAUAACAUUUUUUAUUACUUUACAGAAUAUUUUUUAUGUUAUAAUUUGAAGAGCCAAUAAGAAUCUCAUAAAAUCUAUGAAUUUACGCCAAUUGGCUGCAUAACCUAUUAUCUAAAGAUCAUCUACCUUAACUGCAUUUGUAGCCUUGAGAAAUAGAUUUAUUUUAUAACUUGAAUGAGAUUACUCUUAGUUGUAUUAUUGUUCUGUAUAUAAUAAUAGCUUAAAUUUUAGAUUAAAUUAUUCAUACGCCAGUUUCUACCUAUACAAAUACAAAAUCACAUGAUUCCAAAACUAUUAAGUCAGCUGGUAGCAAUUUUUUUUAAAAAUAGGCUGAUUUUAAUAAAUACUUUAGUGGUUUUGAUUAAGUUUGACAAAUCGUUACGAUAAGUUUAGGUACUAACGUACCUGUGGGUAUACACUUUUUUUAAAAUGCUAUUAAGAUUGUUUAUUGUUUUGUUCUGUGAGACCAGUAAAAUAGAAAUGGUGCUAUUAGUUUCUGUACAAUUCUGUUCCUGUCAAACUGAAUCAGGAGGAAGAAAGCUGGUAUAAUUUUGUGUUGUAAUGAGAGAUGUUGUAUUGUUGUUUGAGAAUUGCUUGUGAACACGGAAAUUAUUAGUAUGUACGCAGCACUUUCACGAAAUAUAUUUGAUAAACUAAAUAAAUUCAUGUUAAUCAUU